AUGGAGGGAGGAAUGGAAACUAAAUGGAAGUCCCUGUCCCAGCCACCUGGAUUUACCCUGGCGGUGCCGCAAUCGGUGUCCGUGCAGGAGGGUCUCUGCAUUCUCAUCCCCUGCAACUUCACGUACCCAGCCUCGUACGACACCGACAAUCCCUCGGACGAGCUAUACGGACAAUGGUACAGGGAGCCUGCUAUUAUGGGCCAGGAUCCGCCUGUGGCCAGCAGUCUCCCCAGCGGGGGGGUGUCGCAGGAGACCCAGGGCGGGUUCCGGCUGAUGGGGGAUCCAGCGCUCGGCGACUGCUCCCUGCAAAUCAGUGAUGCCCGACGGAGGGAUGCAGGGAGAUAUUUCCUUUACAUCGAGAAAGGCAUGUUAGAUCACACUUACCGCUCCAAUUCCGAUGGCACUGCCCCUGCGCUCACGAUCUCCGUGCCAGAGCUGACGGAGGAGCCAGAGAUCCAGUUCUCACCGGCGUGGGGGAUGCCAGGGAUGCUGCUGGCCGGGGAGCCAGUAACUGUGACCUGCACGGCCCCCGGGCGCUGCUCCAGGACCCCUCCCCGAGUUACCUGGAUGGGGCCAUUCAGCAACACAGCCCGGGGCGUCUCAGCCCAGCUGCCAAACGGCACCUGGGCCCACAGCUCCGAGCUCACCAUCACACCCGGCCUCGGGGACCACGGCAAAGAGCUGGUCUGCAACGUCACCUACCACCCACCACAAGGACCUUCCACCAGCAGAACCAUCCAGCUCCACGUUGACUACCCACCCAGGCCCCCCAACAUCACCGGAACCCUGACCAGGAAUGGACGCCCCGUGCCAGAUGUGUGGGGAGCUGAGGGCGAUGUUGUGUCUCUGGAGACCCAGGAGGGCGACUCCCUGAGUCUGAGCUGUGAGGCUGGGAGCAGAGUUGACGCCAACCUGAGCUGGGCCAAGGAGAAUGAGUCCCUGAGCCCCAGCCAGGGAGGGGCCGGGCGCCUGGAGCUGCCGAAUCUCAGCGGAGGGAACGCAGGGGAGUAUUGGUGCUGGGCGAAGAAUUCCUAUGGAUCGGCCAGCCGGGCCCUGCGUGUGCACGUGCAGUACCCAACCGCGCCCCCCAACUCCACUGGGAACCUGAUGACGGAUGGACACCUUGGUGGGCUCACUCGGGCAUUUAUCGAAAUCAGCUGCAAACUCGUCUUCAUGGCGACUGGAUUCUUCAUGGCCUAUUACCUCACCCUGCUCUAUUACAGACGAAGGAAGGACAGGCCAGGGGCCAGGGAAUCCACGGUGUCUGAGUCCAGCAUGUAG